AUGAUAAUGAAAAAAGGACUGGAGAGUUACAUAUCGAGAGGAAAUUCAAAGUUCGUUGAAAAUUUAUUAAAAAAAUAUGGAACAUUGAACAAUAAAAAUAGUACAAUUAAAUAUAGGAAUUAUUAUAAUAGUUUGAAUAAUGUUUCCAAGAAGAAUAGUUUAGUAUUAUAUGAUAAAUGGAGAAUAAUUGGAUAUAAUGGUAAUCGUUAUUUUUCAAACAUAAAUGUCCGAAAGUAUAGCAGUAGUAGUAAUCCUUCAAAUGGAGAAUUUUUCGAGGAUGAAAUGAAAAAAUUUGAUGAACGAAUGAAUAAAGAAAAAUCCAAACAUAAAAAAGUUUUAUUUUUUAUAUUUAGUAGUAUAGUAGGAUUAUAUAUGUAUUUUGAAUCAUAUAAUCCCGAGUUUUUUAUGUAUGAUGUAUUUUUAGAUCUUUGUUUAAAAUAUGUAGAUAGUGAAGUAUGUCAUGAUUUAUUCUUGUUAUUAGGGAAAUAUGGAUUAUUACCAUAUGAUACAAGUAAUGAUAGUGUAUAUGCAACAUCUGAUAUAAAAAAUUUAAAUUUUAUAAAUCCUUUUGGAGUUGCAGCUGGUUUUGAUAAAAAUGGUAUAUGUAUAGAUAGUAUAUUAAAAUUAGGGUUUUCAUUUAUAGAAAUUGGUACAAUAACACCGAAACCACAAAAAGGGAAUGAUAAACCUCGAAUUUUUAGAGAUGUAGAAAAUAAAAGUAUAAUAAAUGCAUGUGGAUUUAAUAAUAUAGGAUGUGAUAAAGUUACUGAAAAUUUAAUUAGCUUUCGAAAAAAACAAGAAGAAGAUAAACUAUUAAGUAAGCACAUUGUUGGUGUAAGUAUUGGAAAAAAUAAAUAUACAGAAAAUAUUGUGGAUGAUUUAAAAUAUUCUAUUUAUAAAAUUGCUAGAUAUGCAGAUUAUAUUGCAAUUAAUGUAAGUUCUCCUAAUACACCAGGAUUAAGAGAUAAUCAAGAAUCAAACAAGUUAAAAAAUAUUAUUUUAUUUGUGAAGCAGGAAAUAAAUAAGAUAGAGGAAAGUGGUCAUAAUGGUGAAAAUUUUUGGAUGAACACAACAAAAAAGAAGCCUUUAGUUUUCGUUAAAUUGGCUCCAGAUCUAGAAAAUAGCGAAAAGAAAAAAAUCGCUCAAGUUUUAUUAGAUACAGGAAUAGAUGGUAUGAUUAUUUCUAAUACUACAAUAAACAAAAUGGAUAUAAAAAGUUUCGAAGAUAAAAAAGGAGGAGUCAGUGGAAAAAAGUUGAAAGACUUAUCAACAAAUUUAAUAUCAGAUAUGUAUAUAUACACAAAUAAACAAAUUCCAAUUAUAGCAUCUGGUGGUAUACUUACAGGGGCAGAUGCGCUGGAAAAAAUUGAAGCUGGUGCAUCAGUUUGCCAACUAUAUUCUUGUUUAGUUUUUAACGGAGUAAAAUCCGCUAUUCAAAUUAAAAGAGAAUUUAAUAAUGCGUUAUAUCAAAAAGGUUAUUACAAUUUGAGAGAAGCUAUUGGAAAAAAACACAAUAAUGCAAAAUCUUUGAAAGUGUAA